AGCCGAGCGGGGGAAGCGAGCGGGGCCGGGCCGGGCCAGCCUCAUUGAUGUCCAGCUCGCCGUUGUCCAAGAAGCGCCGCGUGUCUGGAUCUGAGCCGAAGACGGGUUCGAACUGCUCCUCUGGCAACUCCGUACAGAGUGACCCGCGCGCAGCGCCCGCCAACGGCAUGGCUAAGAAUGGCAGUGACGUCGACAUCGACGAGGGCCUGUACUCCAGGCAGCUGUACGUGCUGGGCCACGAGGCCAUGAAGCGGCUGCAGAAUGCCAGCGUCCUGGUGUCGGGGCUGCGGGGGCUGGGCGUGGAGAUCGCCAAGAACAUCAUCCUGGGCGGUGUCAAGUCGGUCACCCUGCACGACACCGAGCCCGCCCAGUGGGCAGACCUGGCCUCCCAGUUCUACCUGCGAGAGGAGGACUUGGGGAAGAACCGGGCCGAGGUCUCCCAGCCGCGCCUGGCCGAGCUCAACUCCUACGUGCCCGUCAGCAUCCACACCGGGGCCCUCACCGAGGACUUUCUGAGCCCGUUCCAGGUCGUGGUUCUCACCAACUCGCCUCUAGAGGAGCAGCUGCGGGUCGGGGGAAUCUGCCACAGCAAGGGCAUCAAGAUGGUGGUAGCCGACACCAGGGGGCUCUUCGGCCAGCUCUUCUGUGACUUCGGGGACGAGAUGGUUGUGACAGACACCAACGGGGAGCAGCCGCUCAGCGCCAUGAUCUCCAUGAUCACCAAGGGCUGCCCGGGAGAGGUGACCUGCCUGGACGAGGCUCGGCACGGCUUUGAGAGCGGGGACUUCGUCUCCUUCACGGAGGUGGAUGGCAUGAAGGAGCUCAACCACUGCCCCCCCAUGGAGAUCAAAGUGCUGGGGCCCUACACCUUCAGCAUCGGCGACACCAGCAGCUUCUCCGAGUACGUGCGGGGGGGCAUCGUCUCCCAGGUCAAGAUGCCCCAGAAGAUCAGCUUUAAGCCCCUGAGCGUGGCGCUGGCCGAGCCCGACUUCGUGGUGACCGACUUCGGGAAGUUUGAGCACCCGGCCCAUCUGCACCUGGCCUUCCAGGCCCUGCACGACUUCCAGCGCCAGCACCAGCGCCUGCCCCGGCCCCGCAGCGAGGCGGACGCGACCGAGGUGCUGGCGCUGACCCAGGCGGUGAACGAACGGGCCCCCCCAGCACUGAAGCAGGAGAAGCUGAACGAGGGGCUGAUCAAGGAGCUGGCGUACCAGGCCGCCGGGGACCUGGCGCCCGUCAACGCCUUCAUCGGGGGGCUGGCUGCCCAGGAGGUCAUGAAGGCCUGCUCCGGGAAGUUCAUGCCCAUCACACAGUGGCUUUACUUUGACGCACUGGAGUGUCUGCCCGAGGACAGCAAGGAGGCGCUGACGGAGGAGCAGUGCCGCCCGAGGAACAGUCGUUACGACGGGCAGAUCGCCGUGUUCGGGGCUGACCUGCAGGCCAAGCUAGGGCAACAGAAGUAUUUCCUGGUGGGCGCCGGCGCCAUCGGCUGCGAGCUGCUGAAGAACUUCGCCCUGCUGGGGCUGGCGUGCGGGGACGGCGGGGAGGUGACCGUGACCGACAUGGACACCAUCGAGAAAUCCAACCUCAACCGCCAGUUCCUCUUCCGGCCCUGGGACGUCACGAAAAUGAAGUCUGACACAGCAGCGGCCGCGGUGCGGCAGAUGAACCCCAACAUCCACAUCACGAGCCACCAGGACCGUGUGGGGCCCGACACGGAGCGCGUCUACGACGACGACUUCUUCGAGGGCCUGGACGGCGUGGCCAACGCGCUGGACAACGUGGACGCCAGGAUGUACAUGGACCGCCGGUGCGUCUAUUACCGAAAGCCCCUGCUGGAGUCUGGCACGCUGGGCACCAAGGGCAACGUCCAGGUGGUGAUCCCCUUCCUGACGGAGUCGUACAGCUCCAGCCAGGACCCGCCCGAGAAAUCCAUCCCCAUCUGCACCCUCAAGAACUUCCCCAACGCCAUUGAGCACACGCUGCAGUGGGCCCGGGACGAGUUCGAAGGCCUCUUCAAGCAGCCGGCGGAGAGCGUCAACCAGUACAUCUCAGACCCCAAGUUCAUGGAGCGCACGCUCAAGCUGCCGGGCACGCAGCCCCUGGAGGUGCUGGAGGCCGUCAACAAGAGCCUGGUGAGCGAACGGCCCCGGAGCUGGGCCGACUGCGUGGGCUGGGCCUGCCGCCACUGGCACUGCCAGUACAGCAACAACAUCCGCCAGCUGCUGCACAACUUCCCGCCCCACCAGAAGACCAACUCCGGCACCCUGUUCUGGUCAGGGCCCAAGAGAUGUCCCCACCCCCUCACCUUCGACGACAGCAACCCCCUGCACAUGGAUUACAUCGUGGCGGCGGCGAAUCUCUUUGCCCAGACCUACGGCAUCACGGGCACGCGGGACGUGGGCGCCGUGGCCGAGCUGCUGCACCAGGUGCAGGUGCCCGAGUUCACGCCCAAGUCCGGCGUGCGGAUCCACAUCUCGGACCAGGAGCUGCAGAACGCCAAUGCCUCCGUCGAUGACAGCCGGCUGGAGGAGCUGAAAUCCAGCCUGCCCAACCCGGAGGACCUGCAGAGCUUCCGCAUGUACCCCAUCGACUUCGAGAAGGACGACGACACUAAUUUCCACAUGGAUUUCAUCGUGGCGGCGUCAAACCUGCGGGCUGAGAACUACGACAUCCCACCCGCCGACCGGCACAAGAGCAAGCUGAUCGCUGGGAAGAUCAUCAUCCCAGCCAUUGCCACGACGACGGCAGCGGUGGUGGGGCUGGUGUGUCUGGAGCUGUACAAAGUGGUGCAGGGCCACAAGCGGCUGGAGUCCUACAAGAACGGUUUCCUCAACCUGGCCCUGCCUUUCUUCGGCUUCUCCGAACCCAUCGCCUGCCCCCGCAAUAAGUACUACGACAUUGAGUGGACGCUGUGGGACCGGUUCGAG